AUGGUCGACGAUUUGCCAACGCUCCCAGGCUCUCUCAUAUGGGACAGGGGCCGAUCGGAGGUGCGCCUGGUCAGCUCGCCAUUCUCAUCGUCCCCACCCAUCGCCAUCAUCAGGGACAUCCGCCCGUUACUGAGCAGCCCAGCACGUCUGAACGCGGUCCGCCAUGCUACUGUGUGCUGUUCGCGGCGUCAGAGCGCUUGGAGGCGGAGAGACGGGCGAUGCAAGCGGUCGACGGUGGGGCAGGUGGCGAGCCCGUGCCGCAUGCCACAGGGGCGAUGCUGCCGCUACACGCGGACCUCCGUUGCUUCUGGAUACGAAGAGGUGGGCACAACGCAGCCGGCAGGAGCCGUCGCUGCUUUGGCCGUUCUUGCUGUCGCGCCUGCCUGCUCUGGAGACCUCGAGAUCCGGACCUUUGACCGGGUCGAAGAUGAAGAGGAUGACGAGCAAACCGCAUUCUCUAGCACUAGGAGACCCCGUCAUCUCCCUCCUCUGCCGGGAGAUGCUUUCCGCGCCGGCACCAUGGCCUUCGCACACGUCAGGACGGCCAGGGUCGUUGUACCAUACCCGGACGAUGACCCCGCCGCGGAGUUCGGCUUUUACGUCAGCGCAGACACUGUGCUACCCCUGUUUUACCUCCCGCAGGUCCGCACCCUCGAGAUGCACCGCGUUGAGGACGGUGGACGGUUGGUUUCAUGGCCCGCCGGGGCAGGGCCCCGUCUCCGCGACGCAGCUUAA